UUCGGUAAAUGAGACACAAUAACUCUUCUCCUUCCUCUGGAAAAGUCUGAAGCCAAGACUUUACUAAAGCUGCCAAAAUAAAGAAAUGAAAAUAAGAAAGCCUAACAGCAGAGACGGGAGGGAGACUGGGUUUGGUGGUAAUGAACCAGGUCAUUAGACCGGAGGGUGUCUGCUUUCUAACCUGUGCAAUUAGGAACUCAAUAAAAGGUUUCAGUUGCCUGCUACCAGCUUUCAGCCUGCUGCCCCACGUUCUGCUCUCACUCGUGAACAAGUUUCUCCUGAAUUUGUAAAGAUGCCUCAGCUCCUGAGAGGUAUUCUCUGUGUAAUUGAGACAUCCCAUGAGUAUGCCAGGGAAGAUGGUAAUGGGACAACGCUGACCUGCACAGAGCUGGAACGACUCAUCCAGGGUGAGUUUGGGGACAUUCGUCAGCCAAACAUGACCCAUGCUGUGGAAAGAAUCUUGAAUCUUCUGGGUAUUGACAGCAAUGGCACAAUCAGUUUUGAUGAGUUUGUUCUUGCAGUAUUCAACUUGUUAAACCUCUGUUAUCUUGACAUACAGUCAUUGCUAAAUUCAGAACCAACACAAGUGUCUAAACCAGAGAAUGAAAAUCCAGAUAAUGUGGAACUUCAGGCAACCAGCAGAAACAGGUUGCAGGCAGAGAGAACUUCCCCACCUCAAGACAAGUUAGUGCUUCCUUCAGGCAUGGCAUCAUCAGCUCAGGAGAGCCCUGAAGAAAGAGGACCAGGUGAACAUUUUAGAGAAGACCCAGAGGGAGGCUCCAAGACUGGCAACUCGCUGGGAGAAGCAUCUGGCCACAAUGAGAACCAAUACAUGGAAGGAGAUGAACAGAACCAGGAAGUGACCCAAGAUAUAGAAGACAAGGGGGCUCAACUUGAUAAGCUCCCAGCCUGGAAGCAAAACAACACCAACACAAGAGACCAGUUUGGAGAACAGGAAGAGAACUUGGGAACCCAGAGUUCUCUACCAGAAGAAAUAGCACAGAAACCAUCUGAAGACCAGGAAUUUGCCACAGGAAAAGAUGUUAAGGAACACUCUAAAAUACAAGAACCAUCCUUGCAAGCAGAAUAUGAGCCCAAUUCAGAGCAUGCUGAACUACCAGAACAAGCAGCUGCCAGAAAACUAUCUCAGAUACAGAAAUCAAUUGUUUCGGAGGAUGAUGAGAGAAUAUAUGAGACUCAAGAAUCAGGAAAGGAUGCUAACAGGAAACUGUAUGAGUCCGAGAAAUCAACUGACCCUGAGAUUGGUGAUAAAACACCUGAAGCCCAAGAACUAGGAAAUGAUGCUGUCAGGACACCACCUGUGACAAAUAAUUCAGCUGAACCUGAGGAUGACAGUAGAACAUCUGAACCAAGAACCACAAACACAAGAAAAACACAAGAAAAAGCAUGUGAAACAAAGUGCAUGCCAGUCCAAGGUGAUAGCAGGAAUGUUUCAGAGACACAUGAUGUGGAGGGGAGAAACCCUGAAGUCCAUGGAAUAACAAGACAGAAAGAAAGUGAGAGAAAAAGUCAGAUACCAGCCCUAGAAGCCCAAACACAGGAUGGGAAGUAUCAGGAACUCCAGGGACCAUCAAAAGAAAAUAGUGCUGCAAAAGGGUCUGAGACACAAAAUCUAAGUUCAGAAGGAAGAGGUCAGAAUCAUCCUGAACUUAAAGGAGCAGCAGCCCCAGAAGAAGAGGUAAGACACACUGAAAAAAGCAUAGCACAUGCACUUGUGACCUGCAGAAACACUCCUGCAGUUGAAGGGACACCAAGAGCAAGAAAAAGAACCCAGGAGUCAGCACUGCUUAAGAGCCAUUCUGGAGGAGAAAAUAGGAGGAUCACCAAGAUUCAAGACAAGUCAAUCAAGGAUCAUGGUUACCAGGAGGAGCCUGAGCCACCAGCCACACGCAUUCAUGAGGGAUCCUCUGAAAUCCCCAACAGCUUGGCUCCAUAAGACGGUGUUCGCAGCUCAGAGAUGGGUGAUCUGCUGGCACAAGAGGAUUCUCAGAGUCAAGGAGACCCACCUGAAGGGUCUGCACAAGGAGGUUGUAACAAUAAUCCAGAUUCUCAGAAACAGGUAGCACCAGCUCAGGAGGCAGUGGCGCUGGCAGUCAGAAGAGAGGAUGAGCAGCUCAUGGAGGAAAAGAAACAGCCUACUGGAAGAAAACACAAGAGUCAGGACUCGGGGACCAAAGGGCCAUGCCCAGCCAUGGAACCCAAUGGACACCCUGAGGCAUAGGAGUCCAUAGUGGGAGGCAAAAACGUAAAGUCCCUGAAGACAGAGAUCCAAGGAACACUGGAUGCAGACUUCAAUGACCAGCUUUCUGUAACACAGAAAACUACAAAGGGAGACAGCAGAAAAGAGCUGAAGUUUCAGGACCCAAUUUCCAAAGAGGAGGAAGGUGGAGCAAUGGAGACCCAGGAGUCUCUAUUUAAAAGUCUGGAUGAGAACAAUUCAGCCUCCUGUGAGAUACACCUUGUGACAAAGGAACCUGCAACAUUGCAGGAGGAGGGUGAAAGUCCCCAAGAACUGGCAGGAGAGUGUGAUGACCAACAAAAUCCAACCAAGAAAGGGCACAAUUCUUCAGUCCCCCAAUCAGGCCUUGAAGAAAGGAGAGUGAGGGACCGAGAGCCAUGCUCUGUGGAGAACGCAGCCCAGUCCAAUCCACUAUACUCAUACCCAAAGGAGAAGAUACCACAGCAAACAGACAUAACCCAAGAGGAGCAUCAAAACUAAGCUCAGACAGCCUGGACAUCAGGCCCAGAGCUCAGCAAAUACCAAUGAAGGGCAUCCCCCACCAGUGAGAUGCUGGAUCAUCCAGCCUUUUUCAAUCACAGCCAACCAAUACAUCAGUGUACCAGGGGACGUCUCUCUGAUGAGGAUCCUGCUGAUCCACGGCAGAGAGCAGCUCCCCAGACCUUAGAAGAUAAGUAGGUUCACUCUCAGAGAAAGGAAACAGAACCACAAAGAGAAAUGGGCACUACAAAGCAAUGAAUCAUUAUCAUUAUCCCAGGAGAAGAAGCUACAAGGAACUUCACACACCUCAACUUGCCCCAGACUCCUUCCUUUCCAGCCACUCAACAUUCAUACACACACACACACACACACACAUUCAGAUACACAUUAAUAAUUCCUUUAAUUCCCUUCUAGAAUUUCUAUAAGAGCAAAAAAUAAAGUAUUCAGCAUUGAGAGCUACUACCAAAGAAAUGUCAGAACAAACAAAUACAAUUGUUACCAUAUGAUACUACUUCUAAGUUCCAAAAUGGAUUUUCUCAUGAUAUAUCUUAUCUCCAUUAACCUCUCAUUAAAAAUAGAAAAAUCUUCCUUAUCUUUAGCAGGUACCAAUUUCUUCAAUUGACUUGACUUUUUGAAAUGUGGCAGUAAGAAGUUAUAAGACUCUGAAAAUAUUUUGUAAUCAUAAAAUAUCAUUAAGUCAUAGAUAUAGAUUAUUAUGUUUCAUGACAUUUCCUACAAGGAUUCCAAGUUUAUCCCAAAAUUUUACCCCUCAGAGUAAUUUCAGAUAUCAGCAUAACUUAAAAUACAUAUGAUUUUCUAGUAACUGGUUAAAGUAAAUCAUGACUCUGUUCAUUUCCAGUUGCAGCUAAUUCUAUACUAUGCUAUAGAUUCACUUAUUCAUUUAGUCAUUUAAAAAAACUUUUAUUAAAUCCCACUCCUUACACAAACCUUUCAUAGCUUCUGGCUCAAAUAGACAAUCAGAAUAAUUAUAGAGAGGGAGAGAAAGAAAGAAAAUGGAUCUAACGUUCACUUGAAUCCAUAAGAAGAUCUUGUAACCAACCAUCCAGUAAGUCUCCUAUGCAUUUUCCCAAA